GGCUGCUAUAGCUCUAAAAUCGAAUUGUCGUUGACUUCGAUCGGAGGAGUCGAAGAGGGUUCUUUUAAAUAUACUAUACGAAAAAAAUCACUUUUACCUGGCGACAAGGGAUGGUAUGCCAAAGUCCCAAAGUUGUACCCACAGAAAAAAGAGAUCAAAAUAAAAUUAGAACAAGAAUUGAAUCUUAAAUGCACUGGCCAUCGAGAAAUAAAAUUUUUCAUGUUUUUAAAUGGUCCGAGUGAUCAGACAUUAAAGCUGUUGAACGGGUUCAUACGGUCAAGGGAGGCU